UUAACGUUUAAGAGAAUAUUUAACUUGUUAAAUUCUUACGUAUUUUGAAUCAUUUUUUAUUGUAAAUAAAUUAUGAUUGAAAAUAUUUUUCAAAAUAAAUUAUGGAUUUGAAUAAUUUUCUGAACCUUCGAGUGCCAUCUUCCGGUUAAAUGGUCGAACUUCCAAGUACAUCGUCGAUGAUAAGCUACAUCGAUAUGUAUAUCUAUAUAUAUAUAUAUAUAUAUAUAUAUAUAUAUAUAUAUGAAUGAAAAAUAUUCCUACUUGUAGCGUUGUAUAGGCUAAAGCAAGUAGAGAUGGCGCUGGUGAAUGUCCUGAAAAAAGAGGGUGUGAUCUUUCUCUUAUUUAUUUUACAUUUAUAGACUAAUAGUGACAAUUACAGGUGACUGUUCGUCGAUGUUAUUCGAUAAAGAUAGUUAAAUAGAUAUGAGAAGUUAACAUUGUCGAUACAGUAACUCUAUUAAAUCUUUGCACUUCAAAUUUGUAAGAGUGAAAAGUAAUGAAUAUGCGAAAAAAGAAAAAAAAAAAAUACCAGUUGUGUAAUUAUGAAGAGAAGCAUUUGAAGAAGUUGACACCUGUUCUAGUAUCAUGGAGCUACAACAAAAUGAUCAAAGUGAAGAUACAACUGCCAUGGAGCAUCUUCAGUUUGAUUUAGAGAUGGAUGCUAUUACUGAGACAGCUGUGUUUUAUUCUACUCCACGAAAAUCCCUUCGGGGUAGACGAAAAAAAACAAUGGAUGGCAGAUCUCAAUUGCAAACUUCUUUGUUAAAAUCGAAUUAUAGCACUAACGCAGAACAAAAAAUAGCUCCAAAAUAUCGGCCUAUAUGGCCAAAGCCUUAUCAACCAAGUUUUUUAAAUAAGCCAAAAAUAUUUGGUUUACCUUCCACAAUGAAUGAAUUUUCUGCACUAAAUUCUGCGAGUCGAAUUAUUGUUACAACCACUAUGCCAUCCAAGGAAAAAAUACAGGAUUGUACGACAUUGAGCAAGCCUAAUAAGAGAACACGUAAUUAUUCAAAAUCCAUAACAGGAAAUUCUAACAGCUUGAAAUUAUUAACGAAAGAAAAUGGUAAUGAAAAAAAUAAUAAUAAAAACAAUGCUACUUCACGGAAAGAGUUUAGUUUCAUUAAAAUGCAAGAUAGAGAUAACAAAGGUAGCAUUGAGUUAUUUUUUGAAAGUAUGGCACAGACUGUUCUUAGUUUACCCAUGCAUGUCCAAGCUGAAAUUAAAAUGGAAAUUUGUAAACUUGUUACAAUGGCAGAAAUCAAAUAUUCUUCGACUCAAUCAAAACAUGACUGUAAAAUAGAUUGACAUAAAUAAGGUAAAAAGAUUCUUUUUACCUUACUUAUUAAAACUUUAGGUACUAUUUUAAAUAGCUUAAAUGUUAUUUGAAAUGUUAAGUUAAUAUCUAUAUAAAUAAUGUUUAAAGUGAAUGUAAUGUACAUAAAAUAUAAUAAGAGUAUUAUUCUAAAUCAUGACAUUUUAUUUUAAAGAAGAAAGUAAAAAAAAAAAAGAUAAAAACUGCAGAAAAUACAAGUUCCCAAGAUAAACUAUAUAAUAUGUUGUUGUAUAUAGUGCCAACCUAAUGAGAGUUGGUUGAAUUUUUCAUUUAAUACAAAAUAUGAUGUGCAUACUAUGAACAUUAAGACACAAUGAUAUAUAAUAACGUAUUAAAAUAAAUAUGCGCUUCCUUGAAAAAUUAAUAUCAAUAUAUAAAAAUGUCACGACAGUGUACAUUUGUAGAAUACUAACAUCGUUUUUUAUUUUUUUAUAUUCCUAAUAAUAAGAGAAUUUGUAUAUUUGCAUUCAAAGAAUAGUCAAGGAAACAGAAGCAUUUUUUUACAACUCUAUAGUUGCAGUUGAUUAGUGUAUAUGUAUAUAUAUAUAUAUAUAUAUAUAUAUAGAUGGGUAGAUAUAUAUAUAUAUAUACACUAAUCGUAAUUUACGAGAGAGACUUAAUUGGAAAAUUGCUAGAAUGAACUUUAUUUAGAAAAAUCGUAAUUACUGCGGGAAUGUUUUUCUUCUGUCAUAGAUAUCAAUGAACAAUUUGAUGUGAAACAAAGAUUGGGACAUACCUUCGCUUAACUUUAGUGUAUUUUUAUGCAUUGUGUAAUAUAAUGUCAAAUAUAAAUAAAUAUGAGUAUUAUAAAGCAUUUUAAGAAACUGGGUUUAUACAUGAAUCCAGUUAGGCUGUUGUAUGUAACGAUACAAGAUAUAUGUUGUAGAGCUUAGAGAAACAUAAAUUUCAAUGAAUUUAAUAUCUUCUUUAGGAAAUUCGUCUUACAGCAAAUUGGCUAUUUAAAAGUUGCGAGGCCAGAGAGGUGAGAGCACAUGAACUACUUUCUUUGGGAUUUCUUAAUAAAGAAUUUGUAAAUCUUUGUAAAAUAAUAAAAGGAAUAGAGAUAUUUAAACUGAUGCACAUGAUAUGAUUGUAAUUAAAUUUAUAAUGAUCAAAAGAGUCAAGCUUAAAAAUU